AUGGCAGCUCCACGAGCAACCCAGUUCAUCGCCCUCCGCAAUCUCUCCCGCGGCGCCCAGCAAGUCCGCAACCUCCACAUGACCGGGCCCGCGACCUAUGCCUCGUCCAUCUUGACCCAGGAGCGCUCGGUAACCAACUUCCCCCGCGACAUCGCCGGCUUGCGAGCAGAGUGCAAGCGCAGGAAGAUUGAGGCCGCGGGCUCGAAGCAAGACCUCCUCGCCCGCCUCCAAGCCGACGAACUCACCCACUCCCGCGCCUUCAGCACCGCGACCCAAACCCGCCCAACUCCCGCCCAACCCUCCUCCAACUCACCUCCCACAACCCGCCACUUCAACACCUCCCGCACCCUCAAAGCCGUCAACGACGCCAGCACCAUCGACUUCGCGUACCUCCCGCAAACCGCCCUUUCCGAAACCAUCUCCGCCUCGACCUACGACCAACCCCACCGCGUCCCCAUCCUGCCCGACAACGCAUCCGCUGCUCCCACCUACACCGAAAUCAACUCAGCAGCAGAGGCAGAAGAGCACGAGGUAAUGAGGCCGACGAUCAGCACCAUGAGCGCCGACUCCGUGUUCCUGCCGAUGAGUGAUUUGCACGACGGACACGGGUUGGAUGUGGAUUUCCACGCCAUGAGCGAUAAGGUGGCGGCGGGGUUGCGGAGGCUGGAUGUCGGGUUGGUGGGGAGUGAGGGGGAGGAGAGGGUGGGGAUGAUGAGGAGGGUGUUUGGGGAUAUGGUGGAUGAUGUUGUUAAGGCUGUUGAUGGGGGGGUAAGGAGGGUGGCUUGA